UACAUUUCCAAGGCAGGAAGUAUGAAGCGGAAGUAAGGGGGGGAGUGCCAAGGAAUUUUUGGUAUUACCACCUCCGCCACCUCGAGACCUAGCCAGUGUAGGCGAAUCGCCGAUCCGCACCAUGGACGCCAGCUGGCAGCCCGUGCAGGGGUCCAACCCCGCUGCCGGCGUUCACCCGAACGACCCCGCCGCCGCCGGAGGCCACUGGGCCGCCCAGCACGACCCUGAAUGGCGCAGCAGGAUCGUCAGUAGGAUAGGCCAUAUCCGUAGCGGCAGAAGCAGAUUCCUUGUCGAUCUACGCACAAGCUAUUUCCUGCAGGGGGAUUCACUAAUCAACUUAGUGGAAAUUCUGAAGAAGCAUCUGCCAGCAUCAGUUCUAGAUCUAGAUGGACUGAACCAUCUUCAAGGAGUCGCUGAGCGAUUUGAAGAGAAGAUGUAUACCGCAGCGACCAGCCAGUCUGAUUAUCUGAGGAAGAUUUCUCUGAAAUUGCUCUCUAUGGAGUUGAAGAGACAGCAGGCUCUGCUCAAGUGAUCCCAAAACAAAACAACCCUGGUCAAGGAUGACUUAGACGAUCAUGUUGAUGGUACAAGCUCAUGUCUCCAGGUUGUA